AUGCGACUGAUCGACACCCGGACACUUGAGCUCUCGGAGUUCUUCGGGGACAAGAUAUACAAGGAAUAUGCCAUCCUCUCACAUACAUGGGAGGAUGAAGAAGUCACAUUCCAGGACUGGAAAGACCUGAGCGUUGCCAAGAAGAAGAAAGGCUUCUUCAAAAUCGACAUGGCAUGCGAACAAGCCCAGAAGCAUGAUCUGGACUACCUGCGGGUCGACACGAAUUGCAUUGAUAAAACCAGCUCUGCAGAACUGAGCGAGGCAAUCAACUCUAUGUUCAGCUGGUACCAAGAGGCCACUAUCUGCUACGCCUAUCUGAGCGACGUCAGACCAAUGCCUCCAGAAUGGGACGAGAUGACAGAGAACUACGUCCAACAUUUCUGUCAAAGCAAGUAUGCAGACACGUCAUUCCCUCGGGUCAUCAGCAACGAAUGGGGUCGUAGUAAAAUAACACAAAUCGACCCCGAGGUCAUCAUCAAGGAGGGCACGUCGGUAUGGACAAACGAAGAGGCUGCCCUGAACCUUAUCCAUUCCACCCUACCACCGAACAGCGUCCCCGUACCCCACGCAUUCCUCGGGACUUACAAUUGCGGAGAGGACGGCGUCGUCACAAAGGGCUCAAUCUGGAUGGAACACAUGCCUGGAAAAACUCUUCGAGAUGCGUGGCCUUCCCUCGACGAGGAAGCCAAGGAGAAAGUCUGUCGUGAUACGUGGGCCAUGGUCGACAAACUCAGAGAAAUACCUCGACCAGAGACGGAUGACGGCGCUUUCUACCUCGCAGCCGAUGGGACGUCAAAGAUAAUCCAAACACUUCUUGGCGACGAGCAUGACAACCAUCCCGCGAUAAGGAACGAUGAAGACCUACGUGCACGCAUAUGGGAGCGCUACGUGAACAACAACGGCCUGUCGUACCCUGAAGGAAAGGGGGUCUAUGAGAUGCUGCCGCGGUCUGAUGUUUCAGUUUUCACACACGGAGACAUCCACCCGCGCAACAUUCUCGUGGAGCAAGACACCGAAGAUUGUUCUGGAGUGCGUAUUACAGGUCUUGUUGAUUUUGAAUCUGCAGGUUUCUACCCGGAUUACUGGGAGUACAGCGAGAUGAUGGCUUGCGGCAGGAAAGAUGCAGAGUGGAUGGAGAUGAUGGACCGCACGAAGCCUAGAGAGUGGGAUAUCUCGGGAAUCAGGAAAGUGAAGCGGGUUUUAUUCUAA